AUGUGAAAAAUGCGUUCUUACAUGGUCAUAUUAUUGAAGACAUAUACAUGCAUCAACCCCCAGGUAUGGCUAACACCCAGUUUCCAAAUUAUGUUUGUAAGCUACAACGCGCAUUGUAUGGUCUUAAGCAGGCACCACGUGCUUGGUUUGAUCGACUCAGUAAAUUUCUACUUUCAUGUGGAUUUUUCUGUAGUCUUGCUGACCCAUCUUUAUUUAUUUGUCACUCUGAUCGUGGAAUUCUUGUUUUACUUUUGUACGUAGAUGACAUGCUUCUUACUGGAUCCUCGGAGGCACUUGUUACUUCUUUUGUUCAAACAUUAAGCCAUGAAUUCUCCAUGAAGGAUCUCGGCCCAGUUCACCAUUUUCUUGGCAUUGUCAUUACACCAACGACUCGAGGUCUGCAGUUGUCCCAGACACACUAUGCUCUUUCUAUACUCGACCGUUCCAAAAUGAUGGACUGCAAGCCUAUGGCUACUCCACUAGACAUCAAACUCAAACCUCCUGGUUCUACAACUGUUCUUACCGAUCCUUCUCAUUAUCGUGGGAUUGUUGGCGCUUUACAAUAUCUCACACUUACACGGCCCGAUCUUGCUUACAGUGUCAACUAUGUAUCUCAGUUCAUGCACGCUCCUACUGUAGCUAAUCUCAAGAUGGUACAUCGCAUUCUACGAUAUAUUAAAGGCACAUUAUCUAUGAGCCUACAUCUUACCUCUGAUACUUCGCUCAAUUUAUCUGCGUUCUCCGAUGCUGAUUGGGCGGGUUGUCCUAUGACUCGUCGUUCUACUACUGGUUACUGCACAUAUCUUGGUUCUAAUAUUAUUUCUUGGUGUGCAAAAAAACAGCAUACUAUCUCCCGUUCUAGCACUGAAGCUGAAUAUCGUGCUAUGGCUCAUACAACAGCUGAACUUACAUGGCUCACAUAUCUCCUUCAAGAUCUUCGUAUUUUGCCCGUCUCUUCACCAAUUCUUUAUUGUGACAACAUGAGUGCUCUAUACAUGACCAUUAAUCCAGUUUUCCAUGCCAGAAGUAAACAUAUUGAGUUGGACUACCAUUUUGUACGUGAACGUGUUGCUCUUGGGUUACUUGUCACCAAAUAUAUUCCUUCGGCUAAUCAGGUUGCUGAUCUGUUUACCAAAUCAGUCCCCAAAAACAUCAUUGCUCACUUUCGCACCAAACUGUGCCUUCAGCCUCGGCUCAGUUUGCGGGAGGAUAUUAGCAAACCUGAUUCUAUUGAUGAGUCAAAGGAGUAAUAAGGAAUAUCUCAUCAAUUAUGGAGUGAUAAGGGUGGUAAAUCUCAUUCAAUAUUAUUUAGUCAAAGGAUAAAUUUGAUGUACAGGCUUCUCAAGAAUAGCAAGUCUCUACAUAUGGUAGUCUAAUGAAAUUGGAAAUCUUCUAAUCUACUCCUUGAUACAUGGCAUUAUCUCUUGAUUUAUGGAGAUUCAUAUGAACACAAAUCUGCACUAGGCAGAUUUGU